AAAAUUAGGACCUGUUUAAUAUUAUUUUAAGAACUAAAACAAAGAAUUUAAGACUUUUUAAAGCCUAAUAUUCAUUUUUUUUUUUUUUAGACUCUUGGGUGGAGAUGACUAAUGAAGAGAAAGGGGAAAAAGAAAAAAAAAAAAAACCAUUAGCUGUUAAAAAGAUGGAUUGUUUGCUUUUAAACUGAUAUACAAGUCCUGAUCAACACACCAAACCUACAGGGGGAGGAAACAAAAAUAAAGAAACAGCGCCGCCAAUCCACCGCCCCACACUUCCAUCAGCUGAACACGUCACAGCUGCCUUUCCGCAGUCCAAAGAAUUAUUCACACGUUUGUUUAUAUAGAAAGAGUUAAAAAAAAUAACCUGACAGACUCCAUGAUUCAAACCAAUCGCAUCGGAGAGCCAGGAAUGAGAAGGAGCCAUGAACGAGCAGGAGCCAGGAACGAGAAGGAAUCGGACAAAGAAAUUAAAGAAAUAAAAUUAAAACGUGAACGUGUUAAAAUAAAUAAAUAAAAUACGCGUUCGUUAGUGCACGGGGGGGAAAAAAUUAACAAGACAAAAAAUUUCAGAAAAAUAAAAUAAACCUUUGAUUUUUUUUAUUUAUUUAAAAUUAACGCUGACUGAAGCGAGACGUCUGUUUUAGUAUUAAAAUACUGAGAAGACAGAAGACAAUGAUGCCUUCGGUCAUUCCCACCAUUAUUCAAGGUCAGAGGACUGAUUAGAACCGAAAACAUGCACCGGGGCGACAGAUUUUCCCACCCUAUAAAACCUCCCUAACACUGAAUCCCAAUAAAAGCAGGAAAAAGACUCGACGGACUCGGAGCAACCUGAAGAUUUAACUGGAGAGGAACAGGAGAGUUAUUAUAAACAACCGCAUCUCAUUUCACCGAAACAUGGUAUGCAAUUCCAUUGUUAUGCGGACGACACCCAGCUUCAUCUGUCCUCAACACCUACUGUACUUCUGACCUUCAUCCUUCAUCUUCUCGUUAACAGUUUGUCUGAAGUUAAAGCUUGGUUCUCAAAGUUGAUACAGUUGCUUCUUCGACACAAGUUAGGAGCUUAUCAAGAAUCAUCUCUCAAUGAAGAUCACUGCUAUAAAGAUAUCCUCUUGAUUGGUCUUCUAGAACUCCUGCAAUGGAUCACAUAUCUCCUGUUCUUCAACAGCUGCUUCUGCGUUUCGUUUAUAAGGUAUUACAGAACCUGGUUCCUUCAUAUUUAUCGGACUUACUCCUAACAUAUACUCCUUUUCGAACUCUUUGAUUGAUGUCCUCAUCCAACUUAGUUUUUCCUCAUACGUUUGGCAUCUUUGGGAUCUCGAGCUUUUAGCUACGUUGUUUCGUACCUGUGGAUUUUACUUCCUCUUGAUAUUCGCAACAGCAACUCUGUCUCUAUUUUCAGAUCUUGUUUGAAAACACAUCUUCUCAGUCAGGUUUAUCAUUGACGUUGUAUCUGUACGUCUUUCUGCAAAUUGUUGUUCUGCAAAUGGUUGUUAAUUGUUUUGUUUUUUAUUGUAUGUAAGGCACCUUUAAAUAAAAUUAUUAUUAUUAUUAGUUGCAUUUAUCUGUCUUAUUAACGCUGCAGGAGACAGAGAGAGAGACAGAAAGGCAAAGAGAUCGAGAGAUAAAUGAAUGUGUAAAUGUGAUGGGUGAAUAUUCAGAAUAUGGCAACCCUUCUACUGGUUGUCAGGAGCAGUUAAGGACACAAAGUGCCUGGAGACUUUCACAACACUUUCUUUUUUCCCCAUUUCUCCCACGUCAUGGAUUCAUUUAUUUGUGUAAAGUGUAAUAUGACUUUCAGAUCCAUGCAUUUUCUGGUGAAACAUAAGGAGAAGUUUUGUAUUGGAGCAGUUUCUCAGUCAACUUUGUCUCAGAGUCAGAAGAUAAGAGAAAAGAUCAAGAGGCACAAGAAGCACCGGCGUUUUCCUGAGUCAGUUCAGAGCAUCCAGACGUCUCAACGUGAGCCUGAACCCAACAACAAACCAGCAGAUGACUCAGAACAUCAUCACACUGAAGACCUGGCUGAAGUUCACCAGGGCAAUGCAAUGCUAUCUGAUGGGCACAAACAAGUGGACAUGCAAAGGCGAGAGAUUGAUUACAAGCUGCAAGAGUUGGCUGCUCAAAAUGGGAAAGUGGAAGAACUUGAGAGAAUGCUGUUCGAGCUGAAAGAACGUGAGCAGAGAAACGCUGUAUUACUGAAGACUCUAAUGGACCAUUUACAGCAGAAUGGGCAGGAUGUGCACCAGAGCAAUGACUCGACUGGACACUUUCCUCAUCCAGAGGAGAGCGUAAUAGAGAAAUAUGUGCCUGUUUAUAGCUGUGGUGUUCUUUCUACAGAAAUCAGUGCACUUCGCCUUUCUUAUCUCCAAAACGGAGGGAGGGAUCCUCACAUCCUGGCUCACCUGGAGCAUUUGUUAGACGCAGCCAUCAAAUUAGAAACUGGGAAAAUGUUUCUCCCUAAACUCAAACGUCCAAAGGACGAUAGAAGAUAUCUAAGCAGAGAACUUGUGUCCACAGAGCUAGAAAACCAGUGCUUGGAAGAGGAAAUCAUGAAACUGGAGUUGAGAAAGAGAAGAUCAAGAACAACAUUUAACUUUCGACCUGUUGAACAGGAGAUGAGAGCUGCAACGAUGGACAUUGACCUGUUAAAACAUGAGAUUGAGAUUAAUCGCCUUCAAAAGCAAACUAUGAGCAGAAAACAGGUGCCCUCCAUAAUGGCCUUUCCCCCUCAGGAGGAACUCAGAUCAUCUCCUGUAACCAAACACCUCAUGAUAGAAUCAGAUGGCCUUCAUCUCCGACCUUAUGAUCCAAAGACGGGGUUCGUGGUGUUUUAUGAUUUCCUCCUGGGCUUGUGCCCCUCCUACAGAGUUUGUCGGCUGGUGGUGGGGAUGUACAGUAGGGACGUAUGUUUGGGAAGCACCUCCAUAUUGCCCCCGGUCUACUGUAAUCCUUUUAGCCCUUCUCAGCACAAUCAAGAACAAAACGCAAUCUUCGCCAGUAAGCAAGCGGUUCCAGACGUCCAGCCUGCUUCCUCAAUCUCUCUAGUAAUUCAGGUGCAGGCAUCAGGAGGUUAUGAUGUCUACAGUCAGGAAGUCACACAUUUAGCACCACGAGGCUGGAUGAAGCUCUGCAUCUUCGACCAUCACAAUCAUCUGAUUAGUGGGAGAUGGAAAGUACCCGUUCGUCUGCUUCCAGCCAAACCAUCAAUGACAACGGCCGAAGUCAAUGCUGUUCCACAGGUGGACAAUGCAGAAUUAUACCUGAGAAUUGUUAACGCAAGAGAUGCUGAGAUUCAGAGCUCUCUUCCAGUCAGCAUCAACAACGCUGGGAUUUACCAAUACCCCCCUGUGCAAUCUCCGAGACACCAGUUGGGGAUGCAGGAUCCUCAUGGAGCCAUCCAAUCUCCAUAUGUUCAGAGUGCUCAGGUCCAUGCAUCUGUCUGUAGUCAGCGCCCUGUAAACACUCCUUUAUAACCUAAAGUCAGCUUUUGUCAGCUGACUUACAGAAAUUAAUAUUCAACAAUUAAUGUCAUUAAUAACAGCCCCACAUUGUGUGUAUCACUGAUUAAAUAUUGAAGUAUUCUGUUAUGAAAUAUGGUUGUGAAUGCUUUGGUAUUAAACUCACCAAAAUAUCUCUUUGAUUUAUUUCUCAAUCCAAUCUAUUCUGUGUCCUAUUUGCUAUUUCUGACCGACCUGCUUUAUACAUGACCUGUCUUAUAAAGAGAACGAUUUCACAACAAUAUACAACUUUAUGAAAAUGCAUAAUAAAAAUCUAAAAAUCUUCA